UGCCUCAAGGCGGCCGGCGGCGCGGCAGGCUUCCCGAUGACGAUUGGCGUGCUGCAGCUCGGCGUGGGCGUGCUGUACGCGCUGUACAUGUGGGCCGCGCCGGACUCGCGGUCGGUGCCGUCAGUGACCAAGGACGACCUCGUCAAGAUGCUCCCCGUCGGCUUUUGCGCGAUGGGCGCCCACUGCUUCAGCGUCUUUGCUCUCUCCGCCGGCGCCGUCUCGUUCGGGCAGAUCGUGAAGGCGGCGGAGCCCGCCUUCGCCGCCGUCGUCUCGACGGCCGUGUACGGCAAGUCCAUCUCGACGGCCAAGUGGCUCGCACUCAUCCCCGUCAUCGGCGGCGUCGUGCUCGCCUCUGUCAAGGAGCUUGACUUUGCGUGGUCGGCGCUCAUCGCCGCGUGCACCGCCAAUCUCUUCGCCGCCUUCAAAGCGAACGAGAACAAGAAGCUGAUGGAGACGCCCGGCCUCAAGGACCGGAUCGGGUCGGUGGGCAACCAGUUCGCCCUCACAACCAUCCUCUCCUUCCUCUUCGGCCUGCCGCUGCUUCUCGCGCGCGAGGGGCACAAGUGGUCCGAGUUUGUGUCGCUCUUCCGCUCCAACAGCGUCAUCUCGACCAACCUCUUCACCUCGGGGCUCUACUUCUACCUCUACAACGAGCUCGCAACCCUCACCAUCAAGAAGACGAACGCCGUCACCCAAUCGGUUGCAAACACCGCCAAGCGUGUCAUCGUCAUCGUCGGUGUCGCGCUCGUGCUCGGCGAGUCGCUCGCGCCCAUCAAGCUGCUCGGCUGCGCCAUCGGCAUCGGCGGCGUCCUGCUCUACUCGCUCAUCGACAAGAUCGUCUAUGGCUAGGCGCCGCGCGGACAGCGCGCGUCGCCGCGAACAGAGGCGGCCGACGGACCUUGCGGCCCACCCAGGACAUAGUUCCCCGCGGGGCGUAGCGAGAGAGGGGGCCACGAUACGUACACAAGACAGGACCUGUUCCCGCAGAUCGCCUGACGCAGAUGCUAGGAGCGAUUCUCUGGAGCGAUGUACGGACACGUUAUCAUCAUCGUUAUUCGUCUCGUUAUUACACGUUACACGUAUUCGUUUUUUGUCUUUUUUUUGAGCUGGCCUGCGGCUG